AAACGGUGCAGCGCGGCGCAGGCACCAGAUGCUGUGCAACCUGUGAUCGCGAUUCGAGCUUUUCGACGCCUAGCCUCGGGUUCGACUUGGAUCGCUUGCCUCAUAUGUCAGAUGUCACAAGGUGGCAGAGAUAACGGCGAAGCCUUCCCCGCCGCCUCUGCCUCGUCCCAUCGAGCCUUCUGGCCAAGAUCCAUCGAGCUAUCAAGCGGCUUCGGGAAGCUCUUCAACGACCCAGCCGACCACCCGAUGGAUAGAGCAAUUUCAGUCAAGACCCAGAAAUCAAGCCGCAAAAUAAAACUGUCUAACGGUUUCGUAGACAUGUUUGCUCGUUAUGCGUGGAAAUUGUCAGGAUUCGAGGGUUGUUUGCUUCCUUUGCUGGGCUGGCUUGCGUGGUUGUUUGUUACCAAAUAUUUGUUGGUGGCUGCGAACCCGGCAAUCUGGAUUUUCGACCAGGGUACCCCGUGUUUGCGCCGCAGUGUACCAGACGAGAUGGGAGCCCCCAAGUGA